GACCAGCAACGACCAGGACGGCUCUGAGACGCUCUGGCGCAGGCUGCGCGAAAACGUGCUUGGUCGAGUGCCGACCAACCGCCAUGACGACAAGGACUGGCAGGGACUCGGAUGACCUGGACACCCAUGGCUCGCCAUCGACUCCGGGUGGCCACGACCACAGCUACUUUGACCUGUUGACAGGCAGCCGGAAACGCCUGCAUGAGGCGAUCGGUCCCGAGCUGGUGCGGCCAUGGGAUCUGAUGCAUUUGUGGAUGCCCUUGGACUCCAAAUUCCAGGACGUCACGUUCCUGCGCACCAAGCGCGCCUACGAGCACCCGCGCACAAAAGUGGUUAUUCACGAGCCGGCUUGAGUCCGGACAGUGCGGCAGACACUUUAGUUCCAGACAGCUACCGCCAGCACACUGUGUACCUGGACCACUGGAAGAUCAUGUACGCCCAGAUCCUGUACAUGUGGCAGAUGGACGUCAAGGCCGUCGAGGUAUUAAAGUGCAUCCAGAACCCCGAUCUUCUGCAAAUCUACAACAGCAUCGCGUGCCAGCCCAGCGUGCCCAAGCACGACAACAUGGCGCGCAUAGGCAACCCCGUGCUGGCUGAGAAGAUCCGCGGCCAGCGCUCGUACUCGAGCGUGCUUCUUGAGGGACUGGUCAAGAAAACGGGUCCUGAGCAGAAGAGGAACAGCCGGCCAAAUACCCCCAGUGCAGAGAUCUCGGGCGCUCCCUGGCUCAGUUGCGCAUGGUGCCACGAGUACGUUCACGGGCGCGCAUUGAUCUGCCACGCCUGCGGUCAUGGCGGCCACCAGGAGCACAUGCUGAAGUGGUUCAAGACCGUGCUCCAGCAGAUACGCAAGAGCGGCCUCAGCCCUGCCCACAUUGGCGGCUACUCUGCCGACGCCUUACCAGUGCAGCACGUCCUGUCAGAUAACUCUGCGGGCGCAUCAUCGGCGCCCAGUGGACUCGCCAGCCGGAUCAAUACCGCCGGCAAUACCCGCACGCAUACGCGAAACCCGACAUUGUCCGCGGACGUCCUGCCUGCCGUGACUAUAUCGCCGGCUCCUGGGUCGGUUGUGUCUGUGAAUAUGCCAUCGGAUGCCGAGUGUGAUAGCGACGAUAGCAGCAGCGUUGACUCGACUGACCAGUCCAGUCCGGAACGACAGCUUGCUGUCGGUGCACGAGCAAUUGCCGUUUGAUUCGUUUGCCGAAAACAUGAUGAUGGCAGACAUGGACAGUGUUGCCACCCCCGACGACUUGCCGUGCCAGCCAUGGGCAUCGGAUCUGGUUGCUAUCCCGACCUGCCCUGCUGGCUGUGGCUGCAACUGCCUGCUGGAGUCCCGCAACGUCAUGU